CGCUGCGCGCGGAACAGUGAUGAUUCGACUGGUCAAGAUGUUGGUUUGUGUUGUAUACCUAAUCGUUAUUAGUUGAUCGAUGAUAAGAGAGCGUGUGCGUUUUGUUUCAACUCGUACGCGGUUCCGAAUACUGUUUGCUAAUUGACAUUUGGAAGUUGUAUUGGAAACGCUUGCUCUUUUAAUAACAGAUAAGUUGUUUGACAGUGUUUAAUGUCGCGACACCGUUAUCGAGCGAUCUCAGAGUGCUCGUAUGUCAUGGAUGUGAAGAAGUAGGCGUUGUCUGUGUUAAAUGCCAAAAUCAAAUAUAACAUGACAUCCCGCAGAACAACAGAAUGUAAUGUCAUAGUGUAUAAGUUGGCGGAAAAACGCGUUGCAGCGGUGGCAGUAGCAGCAGUAAAAGAAGAAAAAGAAGAAGAGGAAGGAGGAGGAGGAGGAGGAGAAGGAGGAGGAGGAGGAGCAGAAGAGAAUCGUUGUUACGUCGUUCAGGGUGCGCUGAAUAAUUGAUUUCCUGAAGAAAAGUAAAAAUAUCUUGCUAUAGACUAUAGACUAGAGAUUACAGGCUACAGACUACAGACUAUAGACGCAAGCUCUUCGAAACUGUAGGGUAUCGUUAAAUGAACGUAGAAGUAGAGAUGUUACCUUCGAACACGCUCGAGGUGGAAGUCGGGAGUUCAUCGCCUCCGAGAGAAUACGAAACGAGCAAUAAAAGUCUCCUCUUGGAGACGAUCCCUGGCGAGUUGCAUACCGAAACAACAGCUUGUCGUUUGUUAGAGGCGGAGGUCGUUGCUCGAUGUCAGGAGGAAAGCAACGAGACGGAUAAAACUAAAACUAUCCUCGAGUCCGAGUGUUGGAAAAAGAAUAUCGAAUCAGCUGGUAGUAGCAGGUCCGUAAAUAAUGGAUCACGUCAGAGCUUUUCCAAGGUUUCCGCAUCCUUGCAGAGCCUCGUUCGUCGGAAGAGUCGGAAAUACGGCGCGACCUCGUUACCCUUGGACGUAGAUCUUUCAACGUACUCUGCACAUCCUAGCUGUCUUCUCGAAGCACCGAAGGAAAAUGGUGUCGUCGAUAUUUACAAAAGAAACGGCGAGGAAACCACUUGCAUCACCACGCGCACAUCCACGCUUAUUUAUGCUUCUUCCGUGCAACUAUAUUCCAGAGGUGACAACAACGUGCAAGAUGUUUCCUCGUCGACGAAUAACGUCGCGAUCGUCACUACUACCACCAGUACCAAUAACGUAACUUGUUCGGUCAGUGGAAGUCGUCUUGGUAAUACCGCCUCGUCUUUGAUAAGAACAACCAGCGUGAUCACGGCAGGACCUUCCACAUCUUCCUGGAACAAUUCUGCGGAAGAGGAGUUGGAUUACGUUGUCGACCCCGUUCAAGGAAAUGCCUAUUACAAGGGACAACUUCUUGGCAAGGGUGGAUUUGCCAAAGUUUUUCUCAUGACCGAUGUCAGUAAUGGAAAUGAAUAUGCCUGCAAAAUUAUUCGGAAGAAUCGGAUGCAAAAAAUUCAUAUGCAGAAGAUCGCACGCGAGAUUAUGAUCCACAAAGAGCUGAAUCACGUGAACGUUGUCCAGCUGCAUCACUACUUUGAGGAUAACCUUAAUGUGUAUAUGCUUCUAGAAGCCUGUCCUCGAAAGAGCUUGAUGCAUGUGCUCAAGUACCGUGGCAAAGUUACGGAGCCGGAAGCACGCUAUUACAUGAAACAAAUGGUAACGGGCGUUGCGUAUAUUCACUCUCAGAAAGUUGUUCAUCGAGAUUUGAAGCCAGGUAAUAUGUUCCUAUCGGAUCGUAUGAUUGUCAAGAUCGGGGACUUUGGACUGGCGACAAGGCUUGACGGACAGUGCAGGCGGGUGACGAUCUGCGGAACACCGAAUUACAUUGCGCCGGAAGUGUUGUAUAAGCAAGCAUACAGUUACGAGGCGGAUGUUUGGGCGCUCGGAUGCAUACUUUACGCCCUAUUGGUAGGGCAACCACCUUUCGACACAGCGUCUCUUAAGGAAACUUACGCUAGAAUAUGUAACAAUCAUUAUCGAGAGGUUGACGAUUCGAUAGCGAGCCGAAACGGGCAAGAUCUCAUCAGGUGGCUUCUGCAGCCGAAUCCUGAACUCCGGCCAUCUUUGGAAAGAGUGAAGGAACAUGCUUAUCUUACCAAGGAAUAUGUACCAACUUCCUUACCUCGUAUUUCUUGUUUCCAAAUGCCACGUACCUCUAUAAUCGAUUCAUCGCCUUCAUCCAAUUCUAUAACGUCUAGGAAUCAAAAACUUAAUAAUACUCAGUUACAGGUUCAUACUAUCCAGCAAUCUCAACAACAUCAGGACCAACGGCAUAUACAACAGCAUUAUCAUCAAACAAAUCUUUCCCAGAAAAAUUUACGAAAGGGGUCGAAAGUGAUCAGUUGGUUAGCCAGAAAAUUUCGAAAAGUGCCAAAAUUCAGACAAAGAUUAAACAGUGUUCUUUGUCCAGAUCAUAAGAAAACGGGAUACACCGCUCAGAGUAUGCAAAUGCAUCAAGCGUUAGAAAGCUGUGUCACAGAAAUAAAAUGUAGAAACAAGCUACGUAAUCAUCCACCUGUAAGGGAUGUCGUACCUCUGUUCAUCACUAAAUGGAUCGAUUAUUCCAACAAGUAUGGCCUAGGUUUUCAGCUCUCCGAUAAAUCUGUCGGCAUUUUAUUCAACGAUCAUACAAAAAUUAGUUACACACAUGACAGAAGAAGGGUGGAGUAUGUGACAACCGACGAUGAAGUAACAAAAUAUCAUAGAGAGGAAGACGUUCCAGCUGCUUUGCAGAAAAAACUUGUACUAUUGCAACGUUUCACACAGUACAUGGAUAAAUUUAUGACUGAAGGUGGUGAAAUUAAAAAGCAACGAGUUGCAUCAAAACACUCAAAAAACGUUUGUGUACCGCGAAUGAGAAGAUGGUUAAGAACUGACAAGACCAUUAUGAUGGAAUUGUCAGUACCUCUUUUACAAGUGAAUUUCUUCGAGGAUCAUACAAAAUUGGUAGUCUCGCAAGAAUCCUCUAACAAAGGACAUCUAAUCACAUAUAUCGAUACCAGUAGACGUACAUCUUCAUAUUGGUUGAACGAUAUACGAGAUUUCGGCUGUACAGCAGACCUCUACGAGCGUUUAUAUUAUGUUUACAAAGUAUCUAAAGAAUUUGCAGAAAUGCAUAAUAACACAAUCGCUUGACUAUCAAAGAUACAUUGGAACGUGUGUUACUCGUUAAACGAUUGAAGUUUAUACUUUAUGCGAAAUAUUAUUGCAGUAAAAAUAAAUAUAAAUAUUAUAUAUAUAAUUCUUGUUUCGUUAGCUGUGCUCGUUCGAUUUUUUAUACUUUAUACUUUAUUUUAUACUUUAUUUUUAAUGUUUAAAAUUUAUCCGACAUAAUUCGUUAUAAAUAAAAUUGAAGAAUAGAGAAGUAAUAGAAAAACAAAAAAGUCAUACGAAACGAGUUUUUCAAAUUAAUUAUUGUUUUUUAUUUCUUCUAUGUGUAAAUUGGGAUAUGCAUAAUACAUACCUCUGCCAAUGUGCCAGGCUUAUUUAGAUUUACAUAUUUGGACUAUAUAUAUUAAUUUGUAUCAAAUUAUUGCAUACAUCGAUAUUAUGUAUAUUGAUUAUUAAUAUUUUUGUUUAUUUAUAUUAUAAAUAAAACUUUAAGGCGCGCAUGUACGCACGUAUUUAAUACUAAUUUAACUUUUAUAGGAAAAAAUAUUUAUAAUGUACAAAAUAUUUUAUUAGUACCUAAAAAAUAUAUUUUUAAGGACACGAGAGUUCGUUGCAUUAAAACAUUUAAUUUCACAAAAGUUCUUCUGACCGAAUAAAAUGUAGUAUUAAUGGCAAAAUUCUUGCUUAUUACAAAAAAUUUUUAAGAUGUUAAAAAGUAUCUGAUGAACAUUAAACGAAGAGUAUAUGUAUAUAUGAUAUAUACACAUAACGUAUAUUACUACAUAAUGUUAAGAAAAAAAUGUUUAAAAACAGCGAGUACUAAUUUUACAAUGUAAUACAUAUUUUUAUAUGAUAAAAUUGAUUAAAUAAAAUAGUUAAUGAAAUUAUAAGAUUGAGAAACUGAGAAAUGAAAAAUAGAUACUAUUAUGUAGGUUCUUUGCUAUCAUAUACAGAAGAAAUCUAAGUUAUUACAACAUUUCAUGAAUAUAAUUUUUACCGACGAAUUCAUUUCUUAUGAAUUCGAUUCAUAAUUUUAUGAAAUUCGAAAUAGUUCGAGUGCAGCUAAACGUAAGCAACGUGAUAGACAUAGUUAAGGAAAUUGUAUGAAGAAUGAAGAUGAAUGUUAGGAGACGUUUGUUUGAGUUCUUCGAUCCAGAGAUAUUAUCUUGUUUCCUUUCUUUUUUUUUACAAAAUGUAGCAAAGUUGUGAUAUACAUAUUACGUUUUGUAUAAGGUUAGACAAAAUGAAUGAUGAGACCACAGGGAGACUGACUUAAAAAAUGAGGGCAAUUUUACCUCGCUUUUCUUCCUUAAAAACCGUUUAGACGUAAAGCUUUUCGUAAACUUUUAAUUAAAGUAUAUACAGUAAAGAAUAGAAUUCUAAAAACAAUACCUGUAAUAAAAUGUCAAACAAUCGCGUAUUCAUAUUUUGUAAAAAUCAUAUCCGCAGUUAUGUCGUUGACGAUAUACACAAUGGUAUCAGCCUGCAACUAAAAUGAUUACCAAAUACAGUAUCACACGCAAUACCGUGUGUAUACCUACACUUAUUCUUGUUAGAAUUUGACUAGUUUCAGAAAUUUCAAUUCAUGCUUUGAAACAAAUUAAUCGUUCACACAAAUCAAAUGCGAAGUUUGUUUAUACAAAAUGGGAAAAAAUAUUAGUUUUAACAUCAUUGUUUCAUUAUAUUGUUAGUUUAUAUACUUUUUUAUACGACUAUGAAUUGUAUACAUCCGGAUUUAUAACGCCUUAACAUUUGUAAUAUUAUUUCUUAAUAUCGGUUCAAAGAAAUAAUCAGUUACCUUUAGACAUGAUUUGUAUCUUACGAAUAUAUCUAUUUGUUUUUUUAAUUGAAAUUAAACCAAAAUGUUGGGUAUUUGUUUCUUCAAACUAAAUACUGCAUAUAUUAUUUUUUUAGGUUUAUGUUUAAGAAAUAGUUUCAAAACAAUGUGCAAUAUGCACAUUCAUAGUUGUUCUUCAUAAUUCUUUGGUUUUCAUAAGAUAUGUGUAUCUUGUCGUCAACAAAUGUUCAAUUCGUGUGAUAACACAUGAACACUAUCUUAUAUGUAAUCGGUUUUAAUUUUGAUAGUAUAAUAAUGGAAUAAGUAUGCUUCCAAAAUAUUUACGAAUUAAGAAUAUACAAGAGCAUUUUUAAUGUUUUGCUUUGAUAUAGAUCAUAUGUAUGUAUAUUAUAGUACAAGUAUUGUUACCUUUGCAAAACAUUAGAUCAGGAUUGUUCAACUUUGUGUUCUGAACCAUUGCUGUUAAUAUACAGUAACAAUAAAUAUAAAAUAAUAACAAGUUAUCUUCAACAUAUAGGGAAAUUGAAAGAAUAAGUGUUUAUUUUAAUAUAUUGUUAUAAUAAUAGAAUAGUUCGUAAUAAAAAAGGUAAACAAAAAAAGAUGGUACAAUUGUAUUUAGAAAUGGUAUAUUUAUUAAAGAAUGUGGUAAAACGUCACACGUUCACAUUCUAAGUGCCUACACUGAACAAAAGUCUGUUUACAAUAUAAAUUAAGAUUUUUUAUUAGUGUAAUGUAGAGAAGUUUGAUUUUUUUUUAAAAACAUCAGUUAAAAUAAAAUAAAAUAAAAUAGAGCACUAGUUGAACAACUCUGGUAUAAAUUAUUUUAAAUAGCAUCUAUCCUUUGAUACUAAUAGCAGUGAACAUGUAAAGUUAAGCGGACCAAUUAAAUUGGCAUACAAACAUAUACAUAUAACACAUAUGUAGAACAGCUUUUUUCUUUUGAUAAAUUUGGUGCCAAACGCUCGUUUGUUAAAAUUACUAUGUAUGCAAAUCAUUCGUUUAUUGAACAUAAUUAGUCCCCGUAAAUUUUCACAAAAAUUACUUUUUCUUAAUUCUUUUAAUUGUUUGAUCAUUUGAUUAUAGAAUAGCUUUCUUGCGUUGUAAACGUAUAAUUUAGUAUUUAAAUUCCACAAAUGAAAAGAAGCAAAUAGCUUCGCUUUCCUUAAUAAAUUUAUUUACAAUUUUGAAACUUUGUUAUUAUGCAACGAAAAAGAUACCAAAAAGAUCUCAACGAAAAAUAAAAAAAAUAAUCUACCCAACACUUUAAGUAGCUUGGUAUAUGGUUUUGAUAAUAAACUAUAGUAAAUGUUUUCUGUAAAUUGCGGGGACUACUUGCGAGUAAAAUAAGGCGAUAAUAAGUUAUAUAAUUUAUACAGAAACCGAAACUCGAAAUAAGCAGGAAAUAUACAUAUGAAUUAUAAUGAAUGGCAACAUGUAGUAAUAUGUACGAUACAUAUAAAUAUAUAUGAGUCACAUUCAUACCAUUUCGAUAUGUUUUUGAUACGGUUCGAUAUACCCAAUUAUUCAAAAUUGACAUUCGUUUGACAUCUCUGUGAUGAUAAUUACUAACAAAUAAGCAAGUGCGAAUUAGGUAUUAAAUUGAAAUUAAAUUCAAAUUCAAAUUCAAAU